AUGGGUCCCCACGCAUCUGUUGACAUUUCUUCCUGGUCUGGCCAGGUCAGCGCUGGCGGACUGGUGAGUGCUCUCAUGGGGGUGUCCAACUUCAGGACCUGCUGGGUCGGCUGGCCAGGGGUGUAUGUGGAUGAGGGACCAGACCGUGAUGCGCUGACAGCUGCGCUGGCCAAGGAGUACUAUGUGCCAGUGUACCUGGACCCAAAGGUGUUCGAUCUGCACUACAACGGCUUCUGCAACAGCGUCCUCUGGCAGCUCUUCCACUACGUGCCGCUCAACAUGGACAGCAAGCUGAGUGAGACGAGGACCCUGCAGUUCCAGUGGGCAGCGCACCAGGCGGCCAAUCAGAAGUUUGGAGAGGUGGUGUUGCAGAAUUACUCGGCCGGAGACGUCGUGUGGGUUCAGGACUACCACCUCAUGCUGCUGCCUGCCAUCCUGAAGAGCCGAGCGCCCAAAAUGAAGGUUGGGUGGUUUCUGCACACACCAUUCCCAUCCUCGGAGAUCUACAGAACGCUGCCAGUGCGUGAGGAGGUGCUGAGGGCGGUGCUCAAGUCCGACCUCAUCGGCUUCCACACCUAUGACUACGCCCGUCAUUUUGUUUCCGCCUGCACUCGCAUUCUGGGGCUAGAGGGGACACCAGAAGGCGUUGAAGACAAUGGCUCGCUGACGCGUGUGGCGGCAUUCCCCAUCGGCAUCGACCCGGACCGCUUUGCCAGGGCCCUGGAGCAGAUGGAAGUGAAGGCCCACAUCGCGCAGCUCCUAAACAGAUACGCUGGCCGCAAGGUCAUGCUGGGCGUGGAUCGGCUGGACAUGAUCAAGGGCAUCCCCCAGAAGCUGCUGGCGUUUGAGAAGUUCCUGGAGGAGCACCCGGAGUGGCGGGACAAGGUGCUGCUGGUGCAGAUCGCUGUGCCCUCGCGCACAGACGUGCCAGAGUACCAGAGGCUGAGGAGCAUGGUGCAUGAGAUCGUGGGGCGCAUUAACGGGCAUUACGGCACGCUGACGCAUGUGCCCAUCCACCACCUGGAUCGCCAGCUGGCGUUCCAUGAGCUGUGCGCGUUGUACGCAGUCACAGAUGUGGCCCUGGUCACCAGCCUGCGCGACGGCAUGAACCUGGUGUCCUACGAGUAUGUGGCCUGCCAGUCUGACAACGCUGGUGUGCUGGUGCUGAGCGAAUUUGCGGGCGCUGCGCAAUCCCUCGGCGCGGGUGCCAUCCUUGUCAACCCCUGGAACAUCACUGACAUGGCCGCCGCCAUAGAAGACGCCCUAACCAUGAGCGAUCAGGAGAGGCGGGAGCGGCAUCGGCAGAACUACAUGCAUGUGACCAUCCACACCAGCCAGACGUGGGCAGACACCUUCAUCAGCGAGCUGAAUGACACGCACGUGGAGGCAGAGCUGCGCACCAAGCACAUCCCUCCCCAGCUGUUGAGCGAUGAAGUGGUGGAGAUAUACUACUCGUGCAAGCGGCGGCUGCUGGUGCUGGGCUACAAUGCCACGCUGACCACUGCUGUGGAAGCUCCGCGGCAGCCCAAGCGGCACUUUGACCAGAUCAAGGCGCUGACUCGCGUGAAUCCCACGGUCUACGACAGCGUUGCGGCGCUGUGCGACGACCCGGACACCACGGUUGUGGUGUUCAGCGGCUCGGACAAGUGGAAGCUGGAGGAGACCUUUGGCGAGCUGGACGUGUGGCUGGCCGCGGAGAACGGCAUGUUCAUGCGCGCCCCCGACAGCGCCUGGAGCAACCUGCUCGAGGUGUCAAAGACAGAGUGGAUGGAGAGUGUGAAGCUGGUGUUCGACUACUUCUGCGAGCGGACGCCGCGAUCGUUCGUGGAGCUGCGGGAGACAAGCGUGGUGUGGAACUACAAGUACGCGGACGUCGAAUUUGGGCGGCUGCAGGCACGCGACCUGCUGCAGCACCUCUGGACAGGGCCCAUCUCCAACGCCCCCGUGGACAUCGUGCAGGGGGCGAAGAGCGUGGAGGUGCGGCCGGUGGGCAUAAGCAAGGGGCUGGCCAUGUCGCGCAUCAUCAACGCCAUAGCGGAGCGUGUGGGCAUGGACGCCAUGCAGUACGACUUUGUGCUUGUGGCGGGGCACUUCCUGGCGCGCGAUGAAAACAUCUUCACCUUCUUCGAGGGCCAGUCCCUGAAGGUGAGCGAGGGGUAUGGGCAGCACCACAAGGACAAGGCGGCGACGCUGCACGUGGUGCCCGAGUACGACGAGUCCGAAGACGCCCUCCCGCCGGCGGCCGGCCGCGCCGACGCCGUCGCGUCAACGUCCACCGACCCGCUGCCGAUCCCGCGCGCUCGCCAGGCUUUCGUGCCGCGCAGCUCGGCCGACAGCAACGGUGGCGCCGGCCCCGGCCCCGGGCUGCCCACGCAGCUGCCGUCGCCCUCCGCCUCCAUCAAUCCGGCCGCCCACUACGCAUCUGCCCGAUGGAGCCAUCACCAUGGUCAGCAUCUGCUCCAUCACAGCCAUUCGCACCUGCUCAGAACUUCGGCAGACCUUGACAGCCUCCACAGCAGCGGCAGCCUCUCCCUGGACAAGCCACCCCCCGUCCCCCUGCGCCUGCCCCCCGAGCAUCUCUUCACCUGCACAGUCGGCCGCAACCGCUCUCAAGCAAGGUACUUCCUGAACGGCAGCAGUGAAGUGGGCGCCUUGCUGGCAGAUCUGGCUGAGGUGUCAGGGCCUCAAUAG